AAGGAUUGUGACUUUAAAAAAAUGACAGAAUUAGUGAAAAGUGACAAUAAAUGUGAAAACUUAGAUAAUAAGAGACCUCAAUUCGGAAAUAGAAUUCUUUCUAAUGAAGAUAAUGUUUUUGAACACAAUGCCUGGGACAAUGUGACUUGGAAUGAAGAACAGGAAGAGGCUGCUCGACAAAAAGUUGCUGAAAAUUCUUCAGUAACUGCUUCUUCCGAUUUGACAUUAAAAUAUGAAAAUGAAGCCGACAAAUAUUGGGACAAAUUUUACGAGAUACACCAAAAUAGAUUUUUCAAAGACAGACAUUGGCUCUUUACUGAAUUUGCUGAACUUGCACCUGGAACGGAGAAAAAUGAAGACAGGAUUCAAAGAAUUUUACCUGAUAACACAAUCAGUCAGAAUGAAUUAACAGGCGAGGGAAAAAGAAUUUUUGAAAUCGGCUGCGGUGUUGGAAAUACUAUUUUUCCUCUACUUUUGUACAAUAAGGAUCCUAAUUUAUUUAUCUAUGGUUGUGAUUUUUCCAGUAAUGCUAUUGAAAUUCUACAGCAAAAUUCCGAAUUUGAUUCUUCGAGGUGUAAAGCUUUUGUUCUUGAUGCAACUCAAGAAAAUUGGUCACCACCAUUCGAAGAAGAGAGUUUGGAUAUUGUUAUUUUAAUAUUUGUACUCUCUGCGAUACAUCCAGAUAAAAUGCAUCAUGUGAUAAAACAAAUCCAUCGUUAUUUGAAACCUGGAGGAUUGGUUUUGUUUCGAGAUUAUGGAAGAUACGAUAUGGCACAAUUGAGAUUUAAAAAAGGUCGUUGCCUUUCGGACAAUUUUUACGCCAGAGGUGAUGGUACGCGGGUUUAUUUUUUCACCCAAGAGGAAAUAAGGGAAUUAUUUACAACUUGUGGAUUUGAGGAGAAACAGAAUCUGAUCGAUAGGAGAUUACAGGUGAAUCGUGGGAAGCAACUAACAAUGUACAGAAUAUGGAUUCAAUGUAAAUUUCAAAAGAAAUUGAAUAAAUAAUUUUAAUUUAUUUUAA